GGGACGGGAAUGGGUGUGGCUUGCUUUGUAUUGAUUUCAUUGAUUAAAACGCUAUCUCUGCGUGCUACCGAAUUAAUGCAGAAUAUAGAUAGUGCGGGGAUAAUCCUCUGAUUGAUAGCUCUCCUCUACUGUCUGGGCGGGACAACUGUUUCCUGUGCAAAGCAAAUAACAGCUUGAUUACAUACACGUCACAAUAAAGACUAGAAUAUUUGAUUCGCCGUUUGAUCACGUUAUCUUUGCUUUAUUAUGCUUUUAUAACAAACAAACAUAUUGAUCGAACUAACAAAACUAUGUAUGUAGUUAAAUAUAUGAGGGUUACUUGAUUACCUACAGCAGAGGAACAAAUACAUCUGAAUAGAACUCCAGCUGUCUAUUCUUGCUUCCCGAUUCUUGAAGCUCAGACAGAGUCCUGCUUGUGGAAGGAGGACAGUAACAACCCCUCUGAAUGGAUUAGCCUUGGCGACUAGUUUACAAGUGACAAAGUGACAAAGCGAACAACGGCGUACCAGGAGGAGAGAGCCGCCUUGGCGCUGGUUCAGCCCGGAGAAUGACACUGAGCGUGGAUUCCGAAUCACGGCUGUACAGCAUCCUGCGCAGAGUGGCUGGUGUGGGUGUGCAUGUGCUGUGUGUGGGGUUCACAGUGUUUCUAGCUGUAGUGGCCAGGCCUGGGACUAGUUUAUUUUCUUGGCAUCCGUUCCUGAUGACUUUCUCUUUUUCCUUCUUCAUGACAGAGGCCCUGCUCAUCUUCUCCCCAGACAGCUCUCCCAUUCAGCACUUCUCCCACAAGAUCAAAGGCCGCUACCAUUGGAUCCUGCAGACCCUAGCCACUACCUGCGCCUUGCUGGGAUUGGCUGCCAUCUUCUACAACAAGCACCUCAACAGCAAGCCACACUUCGCCACCUGGCACGGGCUGGUUGGCUUGCUGACUGUCCUGUUUGCUGUGAUGCAGUCCCUGGGUGGGGUCUCCCUGCUCUUCCCCAAACUGGCCAAAGGCUGGUCGCUGGCCAAACUGAAGCGCUACCACGCUGCAUCAGGACUGGUGGGGUACCUGCUGGGCUGCUCCAGCCUACUGCUGGGCAUGUCUUCCUUAUGGUUUACUACUGCUGUCCAUAGCCUGCGCUGGUACCUGGCUGCCUUGUGCCCUAUACUUAGCACCUUGGUCAUCAUGAACCAAGUCACCAGCUCCUACAUGACAAAGAAACGCUUCCAGACUUAAAGGAGCAGAGCAUUUUGGGAUCAGCCAAUGAUUAUAACAUGACUCAGAAAUACAAGCUGUGUAAAAUAAAAAUCUACCAGCCGUUUCUCCGUCCAUCCCAGCAUGUACUGUUGAGUAAACGAUGCACUUCAGGGAAGCUCAACUGGAGCCCCCCCCCAGGAUUCAUUUGUUCCCCAUUUUAGUGAUACAGUAUGUAAACUGUUAGGGUUACAAAAAAAUGUCAAGACAGUGUUUCAACAAAUGAUGAAAUGAAAAAAAAGAUUAUUAGCAAAAUGUAUUCUGCAAUUUACCAUUGUACUGUUUAUAUCUGUAUGAAUGUUUUCACUGAAUGUUCUUCCCUUUUUUUUAGCCUAAAAAUGAUCAAAAUUAUGUCCAUUAGUAUUUUUUCCUGUUAGGUGAAUAUGAUGUGUGUGUGCAUUAUCUAACACUUAGCAGGAUUUAAACACUCUCUUAAUAAACGUGUGUGUGUGAGGACAGAUAGGAACACAAGUAAUCAAACAACUAAAAUGUACAAGUUUGUGGACUUUUAUUUGUAAUAGGUACUGCCAGCUCUUCCAGUCAUUGUCACUAGUAUGUGUUGAAAUUCAAAAAGCAAAUAAAGAAAAGUUUUUACUA